AUGGACAAGUUGAAGAGAGACAGGAAAUUUUUACGCUCACAAGCAACAAGAUUGAGGAACGAUAUCGACGAGAAAUUGGGAGCUGCCGGUACAACCGCGCAAGAUAUUGCUAUACUAAGAGAGAAGCUCCAAGAUAUUUCCAGAGAUUUGAAGGCUGUUGACAGCGAGCUCAAGGAUAAAUUCUCUGACGAAGAAUAUGAACGCGAAAUGACUGCCACGACCGAAUACCGCCAUCAGAUUUUGGAGACCAUCACUCGCAUAGAUCUGCGCUCCCAAGUAGUUUCGACGGGCGCGUCGACUUCGGUGGCUUUGAACCCCAGCCCUGUUCCAGCUGCUUCUGUCCAUAGGGACAAUAAGAUAAAGCUGCCAAAAUUAGAGUUCCCGAAGUUUCAUGGCGCCAUAGACGCAUGGCUUCCUUUUUGGACACGUUACGAAGUUGCAGUACACCACAACAACGCGCUUACCGCCACUGAGAAGUUAUGUUACUUGACGUCUCUGUUAACUGGGAACGCUGCUGAUCUCAUCCGUGGAUUAAAUUUGAAUGAGGGCUGCUAUAACGAGGCAAUUGAACUUCUCAAGAAGGAAUAUGGAUCAUCCACACGCAUGGCUGAUGAGCACAUAAGGAAGCUGACAAAUAUGGUCCCAGUCACGGAUCCUGCAGAUAUUUCGAAACUGCGGCAAUUCUAUAAUGAAAUUCAAUCCCGGGCACGAAGCCUUCAGGUUUUGGGCAUAUCAACCGAUGCCUACAGCGCACUACUUAGACCCAUCAUUUUAAGCAAGCUGCCCCAAGACAUGGUCAUUGAACAUCAGGAACGACAAGAAUUUAAUGACAGUACUCGCGGUGCAGAUGUGGCCAGUGGCAGUGCGGUACACCUUUACAGCCAGGACUUCCAGGACCUAAUGGACUACUUGCGAGUAAAAAUAGUGUCAAAGGAACGUGCAUUAGGGUAUACCGGUGAGAAGAAGCACGAAGGAAAACCGAAUAUUCGUAAGGUCAAAACCACCGAUAUGCCAACGGCCUCUGCUCUUUUAAACGCCAACAAUGCACGGACACCAAAUAAUGCAAAUCAUGAAUCGUGUUUAUUUUGCAAGUCAGGUCAACAUCAGACGGUCACUUGCGACAGCGAUAUCCCACUACAGGAGAAGAAGCGGCUAUUAAUUGAAGCAAGAUGCUGUUUAAAAUGUACGAGACGAAAUCACAUUGCUAGUCGCUGUCAGUCGUACAUCAGGUGUCGCAAGUGCAGCCGAAGACACGCUACGAGCCUCUGUGACCCAGACUACAUACGCAAUAGGAGUACCCAGCAAGUACAAGUCAACACUGUUCCGGUCGACCCCCCGGGAGAGGUGGUUUUAGCAGCCUCCGCAGUUCCCUCUAAACAGUCAAGCACGAUAAUUCUAGGCACAACAAUGGCAUGCGCGAAGGGACCUGAAAACACAUGCUGGGUACGCGUUCUGCUUGACAGCGGUAGCCAACGCAGUUUCAUCACCGAAGAGCUCGCGAAGCAAUUAGGAUGCCACUCCCACGGAGUUGAAAAAAUCAGCAUAGGGUCGUUCGGUGGAGCAACAGUCACCAAGGCAUUGAGCAAAACUUCGGUCAAGCUGCAAACUACACAGGGCACUGCAGUAGAAAUUGACGUCCUGCAAACGCAGCAAAUAUGCGCCAACGUACUUCCUGCCAUCGGUCAAGAGCAUCUCAAGGGCACUUUCCCACUUGAGGAAACAUCGAAUGUCACCACGGCAGAUCAAGAACUUCCUAUCUCCAUUCUCAUUGGGACCGAUUGGUACUGGAGACUCGUGCAAGAUGACAUCAGGAGAAUUAAUGAUGAUCUAGUCUGUGUCCCCACCGAAUUAGGAUGGUUUGUGCAUGGCGUCGUAAACGACACGAUGAAUUCUCAAGCCCAGGAGCAAGCUGUAAUGCUCUGUGUCCGGCAAGGCCUGCAACGUCAAUUCAUUAACAACAUUUGGGGUCCAGAGGACGAAGCCGAUUACGACGACAAAACCUCAGGUGAGAUAUUGAACAGGUUUAAUAGUACAGUCAGGAACGUCAACGGAAGGUACGAAGUACGGCUACCUUGGAAAGACGACAUAGACCUUGGACCAAAUGAACGAAACGCACGGAAACGACUUAAAGGUUUGACGGACCGUUUAUUUCGUACGCCCGACCUGCUCAAGACGUAUGAUGAUGCUAUCCGCAAAUAUCUAAUUGACGGCGUCGCAGAAAAGGUGCCAGAGAACGAAUACAAUCACGAACAAGUUGAUAGACCAGUGUACUACUUACCUCACCACGCGGUCAUUCGCACGGACCGCAUUACUACGAAAUGUCGUAUCGUGUUUGACGCUUCCGCUCAUGAAACUCAAGAGAUCAGCUUGAACGAGAAUCUUCACAUCGGACCCAAUAUGAACCCGAAUGUAAGCGUUCUCCUACUGAGAUUUAGACUACAUGCUGUUGCUUUUACUGCCGACAUAGAAAAGGCAUUCCUCCAAAUACUCAUACACAAAAGAGACCGAGAUGCCGUGCGAUUCCUCUGGUAUCAAGCUAUGCCCACAGGAGUGGACGAUAAGUUGGAAAUAUGGCGAAUGACGAGAGUCAUGUUCGGGACUGGCCCUAGCACAUUCCUGUUGGCGGCGACAUUGAAGAAACUGCUGAGAGAGUCCGAAGUAGAGUAUCCGGAAACAACAAGACUGUUGAACGAUUGUACUUAUGUCGAUGAUUUUAUAUCUGGUGCUGACUGCGAGGAAGCCGCUAUCAACGUGUACAACGAGGUGAAGAAUAUAAUGCAGAAGGGAAGCAUGAACAUGCGAAAAUGGGCCUCCAACUCAGCACGGCUGAACGCUUUGUACCUGCAGGACCCGGAGGAAGUCUCGCCCUUCGCUGGAGAUUCCCGCGUGAUAAAGGUUCUGGGAAUGAAGUGGGAUACGGAACAGGACUCCCUCUUUUACAAUGCUACCAACCUUCUUCAAGGUGGAAGGCCUGCUGUAUGGACGAAGAGGAAGGUGUUGCAGACGGCUCAAAGCAUAUACGACCCACUAGGUUUGAUGUCACCGUAUACGAUCGCUGCAAGGAUCUACAUGCAAAAAAUGUGGCAACAAAGUCUCACUUGGGAUCAACCUAUUCCGGCGGACCUACAGGAGAGUAGGGAAAGGUGGUAUGAAGACUUCCAGUACCUUACCGAGAUCAAGAUCAACAGGUACUACGGCAUGUGGACGACGAAUGUAUCGUUGCAUGUUUUCUGUGACGCAAGUUGCAACGCGUAUGGCGCCGUUGCGUACCUGGUUAUUAAAACAUCGGACUCUGCUUCUUCAAACAUAGUGCUGGCAAAGGCCAGGGUAGCACCAGUCAAGAAGCAGACGCUUCCAAGGUUGGAACUCCAAGCCGCUGUUGUAGCUGUGAAAAUUUCAAGAAUGUUGAUGGACGCAUUCCCAGGCAUCAAACAAGUUUUCUUCUGGACUGACUCGACAAUCGUACUGUAUUGGCUACACGGUAAGAGUGAGAAUUGGAAGGAGUACGUUCGAAGGAGAGUUAACGAAGUCAAGAAGUAUACGAAGCCAACACAAUGGAGGCACUGUCCUGGGACCGAAAACGUCGCGGACGUGGUCACUCGAGGUCUUCGACUGACUACACUCACAACCAACGACAAGUGGUGGAACGGCCCUAAUUGGCUCACAUAUGAACAAGCAUGGCCUGAAGAGUGCUUCGAAGCACCAAGCUGCCGGGAAGAAGCGAAACAUGAGCAAACAGCACUUGCAACAACGACGGCGCCAGCAGAAGAAGUUAAUCGCUGGACGAACUUCAGCUCACUAAAUAGACUCCACAGAGUAACAGCGUGGAUAAAGAGAUUUUGUGGAAACUGUAAAGGGGCUUCUCUCGAUGGACCACUUAGUACGGAAGAGAUUGAAAACGCUAAGAACUACUGGCUCCGACACGUACAAGUCGCAGCUUUCCCUGAAGAAUAUCAAACCCUGAAGGCCGCGAAAUCACUAAAAAGACGACACUUCAUGCAGAAGUACAGACCGUUUCUUGAUGAGAACGGCAUAAUGAGGGUUGAAGGGAGGUUACAGAUGGCAAAUCUUACGUUCGAUGAAAAGCACCCCAUAAUCAUGCCACGAGAUGCUCACUACGUCUCAUUACUCGUCGAGCAAGCUCAUCGAAGGGUCAUGCAUGGAGGAGUAGCAGACACCCUUGCAAAGCUCAGGGAAAACUAUUGGAUAGUUCGAGGAAGGCAGGUGGUGAAGAACAUUCUUCAUAGGUGCACCGUCUGCAGGAGAUUCAACCAGACAAAAACGUCUGAGAACACGCCACCACUUCCUGCUGACAGAGUGCAACAAUGCCAUUCGUUUACCGUUGUAGGAGUGGAUUUUACAGGACCUCUAUACGUCAGAAACACGCACAGUCAUCAACUCAACGUGAAAAUGUACAUUGCCAUGUUUACUUGUGCUGUUGUAAGGGCUGUCCACCUAGAAGUUUCCCGCGACACGUCGGUGGCAAGUUUCGUUCACGUACUACGAAGAUUCUUCGCACGGCGAAGGAUGCCUAGAGUCAUAUACAGCGACAACGCACCCACCUUCAAAAGAUGCAACAAGGAGCUUGCUGCAUUAUGGCGACGUAUACGAGACGAUGAAGUGCUGGACUGGCUUGGGACCAACAGCCUGAGCUGGAAGUUCGUUCCUACAAAUGCACCGUGGUGGGGUGGAUUCUAUGAAAGAUUGAUAAGGUCCGUGAAACAGGCCUUGAGGAAAACCAUCGGCAGAAAAUCAUUGACAUAUGAAGACCUGGUCUCAAUCGUAGCAGAGGUGGAAGCCGUCAUUAAUUCUCGACCACUUUCUUACGUGUACGAUGACCCAAAUGAGAUUCUUCCGCUAACACCAGCGGAGUUCAUCACAGGGAGACGCCUUACCAUAGUGCCUCCAGCGAUGACAACAGAGGAGACGGAACCCAUCUAUCGCACAUGGCAGAAACGUGUAACAUUGCUCCAAGCAGCAUGGCGAAGGUGGCAGAGGCAUUACAUUAUGGAGCUCCGCUCAGCCAACCAGUGCAAACAAAACAGGGGGAAGACUAUGUCGCCAGGCGACGUCGUGAUUUCAGAAGACAGAAAGCCAAGGAUGUUCUGGCCUCUGGUCCGCAUUCAAUCCGGACACAAGGGACAAGACGGGACGGUACGGUCAUAUACAGUGCGAACGUCUACUGGGCAUGUGACUAGACGCGCUAGCUGGUCGCUGUACCUACUUGAGAUACAACAGCAUGACGUUGCCGGUCCGCAGUCUGUUGCUAAUGCAACGGACAUAUCAUGA